CAGCGCGCGCGUCGCUCCUCGCCCACCCUCCACCCUCCGCCGCGUCUCGCGCGCACGCUCCCCGCGCGUCGCGUCCGCCUCGCUCACGCUCCCGCGCGUCGUCCGUCGCGCGCUCACCGAACGAAGAAACUCGUCGUCGUCGAGAUGUCAUCAUCCGCGAUGGCAACAACGACGACAACGACGAUCGCGUCGCGCGCGACGACGCGGCGGUUCCCGACCGCGUCCUCGCGCGACGCGUCCAGGACGACGCGCGUCGUCUCCGCCAUCGGCCGCAUCGGGCUGCUAAAGCAUCGCGCCCCGAGCGUCGUGCACGCGUCGACGUCGUCGUCCUCGCGCGCCGCGCGGUCGUCCGUCGUCGCGGGCGCGCACGUCCCCGACGCCCCCGGGCGCGCGAGCGCGAGCGACGAGUCGAACGACCGAGGCGAAUCCGUGCGCGCGAGCGCGCUCUCGGACGCGCUCGCGGCGGCGUCGCACGCGGAAGCCGCCUUUGACGCGCUCGAAGCGGACGCCGCGCGGCGAUCGCACGCGCUGUCGGAGAUGCAGGCGAUGCUCGAGGCGCUCAACUCUGGCGACAUCGCCGCGAUCCUCCCGGGCGCACGACGCCCCGACCGUCGUGGACGACGACGCGCUCGACGUCGAGGAGGACGCCGUCGCGUUCGCGUCGAAACUCUACGCGUACGACAGCGAACGCGGCGUCGCGGACGACCUCGACAUCGCGCCCGCGGUGACGCAGACGCCGAUGCCGGACGUGAUGGAAACGCUCGCGGAGGUGGCGAUACCGGUGAAGCCGGUGAAGCCGACGCCGCCGACGCCGCCGUCGAUGACGCCGCCCUCGCCGAGGGAUGCGUACGACGACGCGGCGCGCGCGGCGGCGGAGCUCGACCGCGUCGACGCGUUCGAAGCCGAGAUCGAGGCGCAAAAGAGGACGUUGGAGGAGCUCGAGCGCGCCAAGGCGAUGGAGGCGGUCGAGCACCAGCCGCUGGUCGGCGAGCUCGAGCGCGAGGACGAGGACGAGGACGAUGA